CUCUCUUCCCUUGCCGCAGACCAUGGGGGACAGCACGGAGUCAACUGAUGCUUUCGCUGAUGCCCUCGAGCACCACGAGGAAGCCCAAGUUACGAUGGAUGGCCGAGCUGCCGUCGAUGCGCCGCGCCUAUCGUGGGUGCUGAAGACGGCCGAAGGACAGGCAGACGACGGCAACGAAGAUAUGGACGAGGUGGAUGAGUUUCUGGCGCGAGAGGAGACGGCCACUGACACGGCGGUGGACGAUGGUGAGUGAGAUCUGCAGACCAGAUGCAGAUCAGGUGCAUGCGGCUUAUGGAUCUACGUAAUUGUGGGCCUGAUGGCUGCUGCAGGCACUCCGUCGUCCUGCGGUCGGCGUGACAGCAGCGAGGUGUUUGAGAUCCGCGACUUCACCACGGCCACGCCGCUUGAGAGGCUGUCGAGGCAGAUGGAGCUCGUCAUCGAGCAGUGGAAACGCAACGGACUCUUCGACAGCCAAAGACCGGCCGCAAACUCGUCAGUCAAGGAGAGCGCUGUCUUUGUUUUCGACCGAUACACAUAUCGGCUGUCCUUCUACCGCGCCCACACUGCCACCCCCACCACCCCUACCACAAAGGGUGAUGAUGAUGGGGCUCAGCUUUGUCAGGGGUCGUCGGGUCUCCCCUCCCCCCUCUCCAUGCUAUCGUCCCUCCACCGCUCGCCCGACUUUCCUGUGAGGUGCCCGCGGCUGCAGCGAUGGUUCGGCGUGACCGAGUACCUCUGUCUGGAGCUCCUCAACGAGUCCAACAAGUGCAUCGACCUACACAGAGACGCCGUCCCACCGGUGCUCAGCGCACUCUCCGUCGCUGCACGCACGUCGGUGCCCUCUCGGCCGCUGGCGUGUUUCCUGGCCUCGUCGGCCACGAGGCACCGGUACAGUGGGCAUCUGCUCGUGCGCGGUGAGGGUAUUGGUGAGGGAGAAGGCGUGUGGGUGACUUAUGAGACGGACUGUCGGGACAUGGCCAAUGCUGCCGACGCGAAAAAUCCGGUCGGACAGAUUCUUGGUGAGAGAAUAAGUGAAAGACACAAAGGCAGGAGGGCAUUAUGGGUGACGGGAGACCUUUCUUGUGUUGAUUCUUUCUCAUCCAUCCAUCCAUCCAUCAGGCCUUGCUGACUUCCUGGGCGUGCAGCUGUCCCUCUCUUCUCCCUCCCUGCGUGGCCUCACCCUCUCAUGCCGGUUCACCUAUGUGGUGGAUCACUGGCAGUUCCCACCCCUCCAGCCGCCAACCGUCGGUCCCACAACCAAGGGGGGCAUCGGCAUCAGGAGGCCCCCGUCCCCCUUCGAAGACGCAUUCGUCGAUGUCAGUGGGCAGCUGGGGGCGACAGGCGGGGUGGAGUCAGGCGGCGAGAGGGUGAGGAAGACCGACAGCGAUGCGGCCGAGGAGACCGACAUCGAUAUGGUGCACAAUGAAGGGUAGGGAGAUGGGCAAACACACUCACACCUACAGGCCGUCACGGUGGGUGCUUCCAUUCCACCUUGUCCUCUCUUGUUUGUAUUUUGUUUGUAUGGUGGUGCGUGAUCGUGAUCAGCUCCCCCACCCCGGCCAGGAGCGACCAGCCGUCGGCACGGUCGCGGCAGACCACGGCAGCCCGUCGGAUGGGCUCGCCUUCUCAAAGCAAGCCCACCAAGAGUGAGAUCACGCCCCGCCCACCCCGACCACCCCAGGGAGCUCACACUUGGGCCGACGAUGACGCAGCGAUGAUCCCUGAACCGAUUGGCGCGCUGCACCUGUCGUGCACAUGGCCUCCCAUGACACUGGUUCGUUCCUAUACAUCCGCACACGGACAACCCCCAUACCAGCGGACUGGACUCACGUGCCUGUCUGUCUGUCUGUCUGUUAGGGCUCCUUUCUCGACUUGUCCCUCCCCUCAUCUCUGCCGCCUGACCUCGCCCCCCGGUGGUCACUCCGUGUGCUGCCGUCAUCGACCCUCUCGCCCACAGAGAGGAGGCGGCUGCUGCCCGCCUGCAGACGGGCCCGCAUGCUGGCCGAGCUGCUCAGUGAGGGCCGGGGAGUCAAGAGCGUCUUGGGGCGGCUGAACGUGCCGGUGGCGAGCACUGCGCUAGGGGCUAUUGGUGUGAGUCUGAUGGAGUCGCUCGAGAGCGUCCUCAUGCCGUCUGCCGAAGAGGUCACCCACAUGGUGACGCGGUGCUUCGAGCCACUCCCUCCUUUAGCUACCAGUAACACCAGCAGCAGCACCAGCAGCAGCAGCGCCAGCAGCUCUCCUCCCCCGCCCCCCUCACCGUAUCCGCCAAUCACAGCCUCACCAUGGACCCAGUGGCACAGCAAUGUCGGCCCACCAUCUGCUGCUGCUGCUGCUGCUGCUGGUAAUGGACCUGCCAGCGACACUAGUGGUGGUGGUCUGGAGGAGUGCUGUGUUCGGCUGAAGGGGUGUCCGCCCGGGACCCUGCUGUGGCGUGUGGCUGCCCUAAGCGGCGACCUACGGAGCUUCAAGGGCCUGGCACUGCUGUGGUCAAGAGUCGUCGCAGGUAGCUAAGAGAGAGAGAGAGAGAGAGAGACAUCACCACACCACUAGGUCCUGCUCUGGUUUUGGGCCCUUUGUUAUAUAUCAUCCAUCCAUCAGAGUUGCGAGCUCGGUGGGAGGCCUGUACGCCGAUCCGGUCGCUGGGCCCGCUGCCCGACGGUAUGCUCGGCACCCCCACCAUCGCCCACUGCCUGCUGCACCAGAAGCUGCAGCUCCUCAACUGCGCCAUCGUCCAGAAGGCCAUUAUGAAGAGGAGAGGACAGCAGCAGCAGCAGCAGCAGCAGGAUGCCAGCCACGCACCGCUGCAGCUGCAGGUCCACCCGCCGCUCACAGAGGACGGACUCAUCCUGUACGAGGCGCGGCUGAGCGCUUUGCCGACGGAUGAAGCGAGAAGGGACAUGCUGUAUGCCCCGCUGAGGUCUGACGCGCAGGCCUAUCGGAGAGCGUAUCCCAGUCACGCUGUCACCGACUUUGUGGCGUGGCGGCACGAGUACUAUUCGGCAAUGGGGAGCGAGGCCACCAGGCUGACAGAUGAGGCGAUGGCAGCUCUCAAGGGGAUGUGGGAUGAGUGUGGGAGGGCUGCCGCUGGAGGGUCUCACUCGCUGUCGCUGUUCAACCCUGACUUCGAGGCCGAGAUGGCGCUCCACUACUUCGAGAACCUCACAGGUCUGUGAGAUGUGGGAACAAACAAGAGGGAUCAUGAUUCUUUCCCCGUGUGUUGGUCUGUCUGAGAGUGUCUGUGUGUGUGUGUCAGGUGUGGAGCUGACCUCCCAGCUGCUGACGUCUUUCCUCUCAGGCGCCUCGCACGCCUUGCUCAGCUCGCCUUUGGCCACCCUCCACCUGCCUCUCCACACCCACCUCUGCCAGCUCAUCGCCACACGCAUCGCCAGCGCAUUCACCACCUCCCAACACAUGCACCCGUCGCCCUCCUCCGGAUCCAUCGACAAGGAGCAGUCUGGUUGGGGGCAGGAGGGCAGUGUGGGAAUGGCGAUGCCGCGGAACGAUGGGUCGUUGCAGGAGGCUCUUGACGGUCUGGAGGAGGGGGAAAUCAUGCUGGCUGUGGCGACGUCGCUGAGCGACAAGCUGCCGGGACAGGGGGCGCUCAUCUCGCGCCUCAUGAGUGAAGAGGAGACCAUCGUGGCGACUGAGGUGAGCACCCUCUACCACCCUGGACGUACGUAUCCUUGACCCAACUUCAAUUCUACGGGCGUGUUUGUUUGUGCCUGUCUGUCUGGUGCACUCACUGCAGGAAGAGCGCAAUGCUGUGAGCCAGUUCUUCGCCCGCUGCAACGCCAGCACAUCCGCCUUUCAUCAGCACACCGCUGUCGACCAGCCGCACCCCCACCCCACGCCCCCUCCCCCUCCCCCUCCCUCCCAGCAGCACCAGCAGCCCUUCACGCUUCCCCGAUCUGUAUCAGGCCAGCCCGACGCACCCCCACUGCCACAGAUACAGGUGCGCGCGCCGCCCGACAACAACACAUCCCACCAGCCACAGCCAGCGCCACAAAGGGCCACACCAGCAGCAGCACGGCGAGAUGACCAAGGGGGCUUGUCGGGAGCGGAGGGUCUGUCCCGCAUGGCGCCGUUUGCUCGCGAGUAUCUGCUGCGGUUGGAGGGGAGGAAGGGUGCUCAUGGUGGUUGUGGGGAUGGGGGCGUGGGCGGUGUGGUGUCGCUGCCGCAGCGGCUGUAUGCAUCCUUCCAGAGCGACGAGUUCCGCAUUGCCACCACUUACUGCGAGAGGCUGGGCUGACGCACUCAUUCACGAAGGGGGCGGGGCGUGUCGACUUGUGUGUGGCGGGCAGUGUGUGGUGGUUUUGUCCUUUUGACCGUCCGGUGUGUUGUGCCCCACACUUCGACUUGAUCUGUCUGGUGGAGGCGUCGCCCGCUUCCCAUUGAUUGACAUGACACCCUAUCGAGCGAAGCCCAGCACACCAGACAGGCAUUCAGGCAGAUGGACGAUCGCCAUAGACAAGUCAGUUGGUGAUGUGUGUAUGAGAGAAAUUCAGAUGCUGUGAGCUGCAGGUGCCUUGGGUGGUGUUUGCCUUGCGACGGACGCAUCCCACAAUACGUUCCCUCUGUCUUCGGAGAGGACGCUGAUUGUUUGAUGCCGCCUUUGCAUGCAACCGCCCAAGGCAAUUGCGUCGCAGAAGAGAGUGACCGUGGCUAGUGUAUGUAUGGGUGAUGUGACCGACCUAAUGCGAGAUGAAUGUCUGCUUUCAUGCUG